AAGGCAAACAAAGCCGCUGAGGACAUCUUACAUUACCUGGAUAACAAUCUUUUCCGUUGCUGUGGUCCCGUGAUUUGGUGGACGACAUUUGCUCAAUGUUGCUCUGUGAUGGAGCUUUUGAAUUGUGUUUUUCUCCUAUUAUGUGUCUCAGUUAGUGUUCUCGCUCAAGAAACAACAACACAUUUUAGUACAGUUAGUGAUGAAUCAACAACAAUAGAACCAAUAACCACAACUUCUACAAGUAGUUCUUCAGAAGAAACAGAUACAGAACCAGAUGGAGACAUAAUUUUAACAGACGAGCCUUCAUCAACAGAAAAACACACAGAAGUACCAUCAACAACUGUAACAACUACAACCGAUUUGAUCACAACCACUGAACCGAGAAUGCCAGAUGUGUCUCCUUGCUCUCUGAGGCCUUGCAAGAACAAUGGAUCUUGCUCCGAUGACGAAAACGAUCCUUAUUUGUUCACAUGCACUUGUAGACCUGGCUUCUCCGGAUUGCGCUGCGGAGUACAGGAUUUUUGUUCCGUAAGCGAAAAAGGGGAGCUGUGUAGGAACGGACAAUGUGUGUAUUCCCCAGACGGCAAAUCUCGAUCGUGCAGAUGCUACCCAUUCAUGUAUUGGAACGAAACGUUUCAGGAAUGCAGAGAUCAACAACCACCAUGUUUCCCGAAUCCAUGCAUGAAUGGUGGAACGUGUCAGAAGGAAUCAGAAGACGAAUACAGGUGUCACUGCAAGGUUGGCUAUGAGGGCUCGAAAUGUGACGUCAAAAACGAAUGCGGAAAGGACGACGAAUGCACGAACGGAGAGUGUUCUGAGAAUCAAGACGGCACUUUGAAGCAAUGCAAGUGCAAUGACUUGUUUUAUUGGAACAAGGAAAAGAAAAAAUGUGACAGGGAUGAACUUCCAUGCCGUCCUAAUCCUUGUCAGAAUUCAGGAAUUUGCAAACAUGUUUCCUCAGGAGAAUAUAACUGUUCAUGUCCGGAGGAAUAUUCAGGAUCAAAUUGUGAAAUACGAGACUACUGUAAGGAAGACGAGACUUGCGUAAAUGGCAACUGUUCUGUGAGUGACAGCGGAUCUGAAAGAAUAUGCGUUUGUUUCUCAAUAUAUUAUUUAGAUGAAGCGUCUAAAACUUGUCUAAAGGUGGAAAAGCCAUGUUCUCCGAAUCCUUGUUCUAAUGAUGGAAUUUGCAUACCACUUGAUGCAAAAAGCUACAAAUGCUCAUGCCCUGAAGAGUAUUCAGGAAAGCACUGCAUGCAGAGGAAUUAUUGUGUAAUGGACGGUGGGAAUGCCUACUGCGGUGAAGCAAACUGUACCAACGAUUUCAAAGCUGGUACUUACUACUGCUCAUGUGCGGAUGGAAAAUACUUUGACUAUACUAACCACACAUGCGAAAGUUUGGAUCUAUGCCCCUUAAUUGAUUGUGAAGACAACGAGAUUUGCAGCGACAGCAAGUGUAUUUGCAGGGAACAUUUCAAAUGGAGUAAUAAGACCGGAAGAUGCGAAUCCGACUUUUGUUCUUCUUCUCCUUGUCCUGGACGCGGCAUGAUCUGUAAAGAAAUGGGAACCGAGGGUUACACGUGCUCUUGCAAAGAAGGAUUUGCUUUUAAUGGAACCCAUUGCAACAAUGCUUUCUGCGUCUUUCCGAAACUGAACCCGUGCGAGCAGACGUGUGAGACGACAGAAGACGGAUAUAAAUGUGGUUGCCAUAACGACGACUUUAAAUUGAAUGAGGAUAACCACACUUGUGAGUACAAUGGUGUUUCUACUUGCGUGAACAGAACGUGCGUUAAUAUGGCCUGCGUAAAUGAAAGUGGCGUUGAAAAGUGCAUUUGCCCUUCUGGAUAUUCGGAAGAGGAUGGCGAAUGUGUAGAUGACUGCACAUCUCGUCGCUUACUACCUGGGUUUUGUCCAGGUUCCUGUGAAGCAGAUGAGAAAAUUGGUUUUCGAUGCCUGUGUGAAGGAAAAUACGUUCUUUCCAAAGACGGAAUAACUUGCACAACGCGAAAAAUGUGUGAAAACGGUGAGUAUGGAUGGUCCACAUGUGCUUGGAGACAAGCGACUUGCGUCGAAGAUUGGACAAAGCCGGAAGGAUAUCGAUGCGACUGUGGAAAAGGACAAGUUCGAACUUCAGAAGGAAUUUGCCAAGAUAUUUGUGAUGUGGAAAAGAAUGAGAAGUACUGUGCAAUGAUGGGUGCUUUAUGUGACGUCAGUGAACAUAAUGGAAAUGUCGGCCGAGUUUGUAAGUGUCGGACAUUCUUCCAGUCCAACAAGGAAGGAACGGCCUGUAACCAGCCAGCGAAGCAUUCUUACUUGGUGACGCUGCCACUGGAUUUACCGACAUAUUUAGCAGAAUAUCGAACAGCGGACCAACAGCAAACAGAAUUUGACCAACGAAAAAUACAGAAAGAUGUCACAACAGCUAUGAGAUCGAUGUUUCCAUGGUUCAUCCAAGCUAACGAGCUUGUUUGCAAAAUGCACUACAGUUACUUACAGUGUAAGUUCGAACUACAAUUUGCAGAAGAUCCCAAGGAAGGGCUUCGAAGAUUACAGAUGCCUGAACUUUGCGCUGAAAGGCCGGACAGUGCCUUAGGAAAGUGCGUUUUGUCCAGAUCACUGGUGCUCAAGAAAUCAGAGAUCAAAAUAGGUGUAAAUAUCAAAGUCACAAAUCCAUGUGAAGAUGACCUUAAGGAGGACUUAUGCGGCUCAGAAACCACAUGCAGCAGCACGCCAGAUGGAAAAUCGUUCAACUGCACAUGCAAACCGGGAUUUGCUUUCCGGAAUAAAAUUUUUCCUUUCAGCAGUACAGGAUCAAGUAUUGAAUCUUGUAAAGAUAUUAAUGAGUGUAAUGAUAUAGAAGCGUGUCCCCCGAAUAAUGUUUGCAUAAACACCAUUGGGAGCUUCUACUGUUCCUGCAAACUUGGAUACAGGAAAAGCUUGGAGUCAAAAGAGGAUAAAUGUGUUGAAAUAUGCAACCCAAGCCCUUGUGACCAUGGAGAUUGUUCAGUCGUUGGAGAUCACGAGUAUGAAUGCAGUUGUGAUGCAGGAUUUACUGGAAGCAUGUGCAAUCUUGAAGAUGCUCAUUUUAAGCAAGCCCGCACGAGAACUGUUAUCGUCGGAGCUGUUCUUGGAGGAAUUUUACUGUUGACUCUCGUCUUGGCCUUUGUCGUCAUAACUAGGCUGCGGAAACAGAAAUAUCACGAAGACUCCAACCAAGCUUUCUACAAUGGAACUGAAAUGAUUGAAAGAAGAACGGUGGACAUGGGAUCCAUCAACAACGCCUUCCAGCAAGAAUGAUGUCACUCCAAGCAACGUGGCGUUAAUGCAAUAUGCAUAACUUACGAAUGAUUCACAUUCAUUCAUCUUUGUAGCAUAUUUCAUGCAUUAUAGGAACACAAUAAAUGAAAACUUUACAAUCUUAA